AUGCGCGGUUCAAUCCUCUCGAUCUGCGCCCUGGUUUCGGCCACCUACGCAAGUCACGUCCUCCUCCCAAGAACCCCUUCAACACCGCUCUACGGCAACGCUUCUGCUACCAACCUGUUCUCCUGCGCCGCCGCAUCAUGGCCGCAAUCGGACGUAGGCGUACCGCUCACGCCCCAACCGGUAGACAGCGAAUUGGCAGGGCUGCUGUCAGAGAUUGAUCCAGCACGGAUCGAAGCCUACAUCGCGAAGCUCGUCUCCUUCGGCACCCGGCACACGCUAUCUGCGCAGAACAGCACGACCCGUGGGAUUGGUGCGGCGAGAGACUGGAUUGCGCAGGAGAUGCGGUCGUUCGCUGCUACAUCGGAGGGCAGGAUGACGGUUUCUGUCCCUGGUUACAUUCAGGGACUUGAGGCGAGAGUCCCAUUCCCUGUCUUGAUCAGCAACGUAGUUGCGAGGAUUGAGGGCUCCACGGACCCAUCUAGAGUCUAUGUGAUUUCGGGACACUAUGAUAGCCGGGCGAGCGACCCCAAUGACUAUACCAGCGACGCGCCUGGUGCGAACGAUGAUGCCUCUGGAGUGGCCGUGGUGCUUGAAAUUGCCCGUAUCCUAGCGACUCGCCAGCCCAAAGCAACUAUCCUGCUUGGCGCCGUCGCCGGUGAAGAACAAGGCCUCUACGGCUCCAACUUCUGGGCACAGACUCUGCGUAAUGCCAGCGUAAACGUUGAGGGCGUCCUAAACAACGACAUCGUGGGCAGCUCAACCGGUGACCGCGGCCAACGCGACCCUUACACCAUCCGUGUGUUCGCACAGGGCCUACCACCCACCGAGUCUGCGGCCCGAAGAGCCCAGCGCCUGACCAUCGGCGGCGAGAACGACUCCCCAGCGCGUCAACUCGCACGCUUCAGCGUCGAAGUGGCCGCCAACAACGCAACGGGCAUGAACAUCGCCAUCAUCUACCGCCUGGACCGCUACCUGCGCGGCGGCGACCACAGGAGCUUCCUCGAGGCCGGCUACUCCGCCGUGCGCUACACGGAGCCGAACGAGGACUACGCCCACCAGCACCAGGACGUCCGCGUCGAAAACGGGACACAGUACGGCGACCUCAUCGAGUUCGUUGAUUUCGAGUACGUUGCCCGUGUCGCGAAGGUGAACCUCGCCACGCUGUGGAGUAUUGCGAAUGCGCCGGGGCAGGUAAGGAAUGCGACUGUUAACGCGACGCUGUUGAGCAACGACAGCCAGUUUUCGUGGCUAAGGAGUAACGACACGGAUAUUGAGGGGUAUGAGGUUGUCUGGAGGCCUACGGCUGCGCCGCUGUGGACGCAUGUUGUGGAUGUUGGUCUGGUUAGUACGGUGACGCUGCCGCUGAGCAAGGACAACGUCAUUUUUGGGAUCAGGUCGAGAGGGAGGAAUGGGUAUAGGAGUCCAGCGGUUUUGCCGUUUCCUGGGUAG